GAGGCGGUGGGCCCGGUGGCCGACGUGGGAGAGGAGUUGAGUGAGGAGGAAGAGCCGAUCCCAGAGAGCAGCUUGGAGGAUGCUGGGAAGAGCUUGGCCCAGGUCACGCUGGGCGAGUCUCCCUGCCCGAAGUCGAGAGACAACCGGCAAGUGUGCGUCUACCAGCCACCUCGGCCGCUGCCCUGGGAGCCCAGAGAGCCAAGCCUGGUGCCGAAGGAGAUAGCGUUACCUCAGGGUGAAACCACGGCCGCUGUGCCUUCCCCAUCUCCCCUGCCUGCCAAAGACGCCCACCCCGAGCUGGCUGAGGGGGAAUCCACGCAGGGCAAGCCAGCCCUGGACCCGGACCUGUACUUCACAGCCCCCUCGACGCCCAUCAAGACCGUCUAUUCCCACCUCAAGCACCACCCUUACGCCAAGGACAGCCUGAGCGAGGAGCAGGGUGAGCUGGACAGCGAAGGGCUCGGCUCCCCCCCCACCUCGCCCUCCGGGUCCUACAUCACGGCGGAGGGGGGUAGCUGGGCCUCCUCGGGCACCUCCAGCACCUCCCCGUCUUGUUCUCCCAACCUGAUCGCUGAGUCGGAGACCCUGGAGGCCUCGGCGGCGUAUGAGGAACCCCUGUUGGAGCCGGAACUUUCGGAGCCAGCUCUAUUUCCCAGGCACUCCGGCCUGGCUCCGGAGCAGAUGGAGGAGGAAGGGGGCGUGUCUUUGGACUCCCUCGGCUCUGGACACACGGCUCUGGCUCCAGAGCCAGCCGAGGAGGAACUGGAUGGCCAGAUGACGCCGGAAGGAGAGCGGGACUCUGACAUUGCUACCUCUGCUGCACGGGUCCCUCGCACCACAGAGCUCCAGGCUUCUGGAGAGCUGCUGCCCGUUCCGGAGACAGACCUGCCCCAGCCAGAAGAAGACUCUGGGGACGAAACGGAGCCGCGGCUCAGCCCCUUGGACGGGGGGCUCCUGAAGAUGGACAUCUUCACCUUGGAGCAAGUCGGGGCCAACCUGGGGGCCAGGGAGGCAGUGAAAGAGCCUCUGGAGUCCAGCCUGUCGUCCUGCUCCCCCACCCCCUUGCCGGGCCUCCAGUCGGAGUCCAGCAGCCUGUCCGCCGGGACGAGCUGCUCCUCGGAUGCGGAGACGCCCAGCAGCCUGCAAGCGGAGCCCACCGCCUCCUCGGCCGAACUGCCCCCCAACUUUGCCGAGGGCCCGGACAACGACCAGAUGAUCCCGGCCACGCUGCUGCCCUUCUGCGGCAGCCUGAUCUUCGAGGCCGAGUCGCUGGAGAUCACGCUGUUCCCCCAGGGGGAGUCGGUGGAGAACGACCUCUACGGCAUGGAGGAAGACAACACCUCGGCCUCCUUCCAGCACUCCCUGUCGGAGAACUCCAUCAACGAGGGUGUGGACGAGUCCUUUGCCUACCAGGACGACACCUCCCCGUCCUCCGACUCUGCCUCCUAUGACGGCGAGGCGGACGUGCAGCUGUACAGCACCGAGCGAUACGCCGUGGUGACCCCCUCGGCUCAGGAAGGGGAGAAACCUGCAGCGGGGGACUCGGAGCCGGGGGCCUCCUGCUCCGGCAGCGAGAGCGAGAUGGAGACGUCGUCGGAUGCCUCGGACACGGAUGAGGAAUAUGCGGCUUUCUCAGAGCUGGGCGGGGUCCCGCCCACGGAGGCACAAGUCGGACUAGAGCCAGAGGGGAGUGUGGCUCCCGAGGAUGAGCCGGAAGGAAUCACGGAGGCAGAAGAGCAGCAUCCGCCUGCCCAAGGGGAGGAGAUGCCGAAAUCCGAGCCUCUCGCCGAGCCGCCAGCGGACGGGCUCAGUGAUGCUGAAGAGAGCCCAGAGAGCCGGAGCGUUUCGCCCCCAGGCCGCAGCUGGAGUCCCUCCCUGAAACCAGCCAGCGCCACGUCUCCCAGGGGGUCUUUCUGGAGAGCUGACUCUGAUGGGGCAGGCGACUCGCCAGGGCAGAGCGACCCCCCUUCGGAGAGCUCCCUCGGGCACCGGUCCUCGCUGUCAGACACACAGGAGGCCCUGGAGAAGGGGUUCCCCGAUGCGGAGUGCCUGAUCGCCUGCUUCGAUACGGACGAGGAGGCUGAGGCCUUCCCUGGACUGGAGGCGGCCGUGGCGAAUGCAGAGCCCACGAGCCAGGCAACGGCCGAGGUGUGCGCAAUGCCCUGGAGAGGCUGGGAGGGGAUGGGAACCGCAAUCCCCUUGCCCUGGGAGCAGAAGCCGGCUCCCCACGCGCUAGCGGAGCCUCCCGUGGGGAAAGGCAGCGAUGAUGCCGCGCUCGAGAUCAGCGCCAGGCUGAAGGAGUCGGAAGCCCAUCUCCUGGCCCUGCUAGACCAGGACGGCCAGGACCUGGAAGGGAAGAGCGAGGGUCCCUUUGAGGCCCGGCUGGGGGCCGAUGAAGCCAGCCUGGAGCAGCCAGAAGUGGCCCGAGCCGACAGCGAGCCAGUAGGGGAGUGCCUGAUCGCCUGCUUCUCCUCCUCCGAGGAAGAGCUGGAGGAGGUCUCCCUCGACCAAGUCAACAAUAACGAGGAACGAGGGGAGCUGUGCGUGGAAGCCAGCCUAGGUCCCCAGGCCUCUCUGGGAGGAAAGGACCCAGAGCCAAAUGCACUCCUGGACACAGUUGGCCAGAUGGAGCCCAUGCUGGACAAGGUGCUGGCUCCACACCCAGAGCCCCCCCUCCCUCCUGGGGAGACAGAGCCCCAAAGCCUGGACCUCCACGUGAUGCUGGAUGGGAGCAGCACGCUCUGCUGGCAGCAGGACGGGGAGCCAGCGUCUGAGCGCGAGAGCCGUGGGGAGACGUCCUUCAGCCCAGCGGAGUCCUCGCUGCUCCCCCAGGCGGCUGCCGUGCCGCUGAGCGCAGAACCAACGGGGGGGCAGGGAGCCCCGAGCCAGGAGCCAGCCCCAGCGGACAGCCGCCUCCCUGAGCCAGCGCAGCUGCACCCCCAGACCGAGACCAAAGAUUCCCACCCAAGAGACCCUCAACCGGACCAGAGCAGGCCCGGCAGCACGGCGCCGGCAGAGCCAAGUGGCGCCACUGACCAGAACCUCGAGAUGCCGGGGACGAGCCCCCAAGAGAAGCCACAACCGGCCGAGGCCGCAGAACCGGUCCCGGAACCCGAGUUUGGGGCCUCGCCCGUCGCUGCGGCGAUUGAGACCCAGCCGCAGGCAGCUGCUCCGGCUGCGAGCCCGGGGGAGCCUGUGGAAACUGCAGUGCCUGAAGAGGGAGCCAGGGAGGCCCUGCGAGGCGAAGCCACUGAGGAAGCCAGGCAGGCGUCUGCAUGGUGCAGGGAGGAAUGCAGCCCCAGGCAUCCUGUCUUGGCUCCGCUUCGGCCCCUCGGAGACCCACUGGAGAUGGAGUCUCCCGCCACACCGGCCUGGACACGAGCCCUGCCCCAGGCCCCGCAGGUCUGCAGCGUGGAUGCCAACGUGCCUGAGCUGAGGGACGACAGGGGGCUCGUAGAAACCGCUGGCUCCUGGGAGCCCGAACAUGCGGCUGGAGAGGAGCAAGACGCCUCCGCCCUGGUGAGCUGCAGCGAGAGCGGGUCCCUGGAGAGCGCCGCGGUAGGACGCACGGACGAGGUGACUGGAGCCCAACCCGGUGGCCAAGAGCUGCCUGGUGGGAGGGGGGCCUGGAACCAAGAGGCUGUGGAGGAAGGCGCCCGGCCCGCUCCGGAAACGCGCGGGGCCGUGGUGCCCACUGCGAAGGGAGGCCCCAGCCGCACCGAAGAGGCGGCUCAGCCCGAGGAGGAUCGGCCAGGAACUCCCCUGCCCCAGGGCAAGAAGGCCGUGGAGCUGGAGGAGAGCGCGGAGGCCGCUUGGGCCGGCGAUGACCUGGGAGGAAGCUGGCCGCCAGGCCCUGCAGCACUCAGCCCUUCGCCUGGUUUUGACAGCCCUGCGGCCUCUGCGCAGGAGGAACCUGCCGAGAUGGCUUCCUCCAGAGAGUCCUCUCCGGAGCCACCGGCCGCCUCCGAGUCCUUCACUCCCAGCAGCUUCGCAGCCUCUGCGGAGACCCUGGGAGAGGUCCUCAGGCUGGCUGAUCCCGCCCUGGAGGGUUUCGGAAGGGAGCAGGCUGCUCCUGAGCAAGCAGAGAGCCCGCGGACCCGGCAGGAAGUGGGCCUGAAGGAGGCAGUCCCACACCCGCAAUAUUCCCACCCCGGCAGCGUCUCUCCAGCGUCGCUUGUGCGGGGCCCUUCCCCUGAGCACAGCCCGGCCCCCAAGCCUCCUGGGCAGUGCCUGGCUGUGUGUGUGCACUAUCCGUCCCUCCACGAAGCACCACGUGCUGCUCGCUCGGAGCGAGCCAGGCGAAGAGCCCCCCUGCCGGCGCCCGGCGACCAGCAGCCGCUCUUCACUGCGUCCGAGGCGGAGAUCUACGUGGGCCAGCCCCCUGCGGAGGCUGGGGAUCGCCGGCCCCAUGGCCACCUGGAAGCAGAGGGCCCUGACUCCAUGGAAUCCAAAGCUGCGGCCGCAGAAGGCCCGUCGGCCAGCCUGGGACUGCGUGAGCCAUCUGGUGCCUUGGCGGAGACGGUGGCCGGCCUGCCAGCAGCCUCCCGCGAGCAGCAGCAAAUCGCCGCCAUGUUACAAGGCUCCUUCGGGAACCUCCAGGCCUCCCAGCUCCGAGCGGGGCCUCCGUGUCCCACGGGCAGCCCGCUGGUGACCGAAGCACAAAGUGUCCUUGCCAGCCUCAAGGAGCGAAUCUGGGAGAGCUCCUCCGGAGAGACCACCCCCGACUCCUGGGAGGCCAGCGAAGCACAAGAGGAUCCGCGAUCCGUGAGCCCUGUGCCACGGCCUCCCUCCCCGGACAUCCGCGAGUCCGUGAGCCCUGUGCCACGGCCUCCCUCCCCGGACAUCCGCGAGUCCGUGAGCCCUGUGCCACGGCCUCCCUCCCCGGACAUCCGCGAGUCCGUGAGCCCUGUGCCACGGCCUCCCUCCCCGGACAUCCGCGAGUCCGUGAGCCCUGUGCCACGGCCUCCCUCCCCGGACAUCCGCGAGUCCGUGAGCCCUGUGCCACGGCCUCCCUCCCCGGACAUCCGCGAGUCCGUGAGCCCUGUGCCACGGCCUCCCUCCCCGGACAUCCGCGAGUCCGUGAGCCCUGUGCCACGGCCUCCCUCCCCGGACAUCCGCGAGUCCGUGAGCCCUGUGCCACGGCCUCCCUCCCCGGACAUCCGCGAGUCCGUGAGCCCUGUGCUGGAGGACCUGGAUUUUGCAGAUGAAGACUCAGGCUUGCACAGCGAAGGGCCCUCGGAGGAAGAGGCAGCCCAGCCUGCCAAAGAUGAGGAUGAGAGCUCUCGGAGCCCGGAGGAGCCUGCAGAGCCGGGGAUUUCCCCUGGGGAGGCAGGUGUAGAUGGUGCCGAGCCGGAGGCCAGCUGCGCAGGACACCUGCAGAGUCUGCCACAUCGAGAAGACCAGGACGAUCUGCCAAGCGCAGGUAGCGAAGGCGGCAGAGCGAAUGAGGCUCCGCCAGCCGUAGAAGCAACCAGUCCGUUGACGCCGAGUUCCUCUCCUUCUCCUGAGCCCUCGGCAGCAUCCCUGGCCGAGGAGUCUCCGCCGCCUCCCGAGUCUCCGCCGCCACCAGAGCCGUGCUCCACCCCUGCAGCCGCUCCUCUUGCGCCAGGCGGGCCUGCCUCUCCCGAAGUCGCGGUGGAGGAGGUGCCUUCUCCUUGCUCUGAACUCCUAGAAGUGCCUCCUGCUUUAUCCUUCCCAGCACCUUGCUCAGACGAGCCUGUCCCAGGCCAAAAAGACACCUCAGGGCUGCCCACGCCUGACACACUCUCCGGCACAGAGGACGCUUGGGUUGAGAACCGGCCGUCUCUCCUGCUGGAUUCCAGGAAGUACUUAGAAGACAGGAGAAUGGGAUCCCUCCUCUGCACGGGACUCGAUCCCCUGGGGCUGGACACCCCCACUCCGGCCUCGCACAGACUCCGGCUUGGACACCUUCUGCCCGUUUCCCUGGCGGGAGGGCCGGCUCUGGUCUCCCCUCUCCACCGGGCGGUGGGGGAGCUGCUCUGUGGCGCCCGUGUCUUGCAGGCACAGCUCACCCACUCGCUGGGCGCCGGGGAGGAAACCAUCAGCAAAGCCAAGCAGAGCCGGAGCGAGAAGAAAGCCAGGAAGGCCAUGUCCAAGCUGGGUCUGCGGCAGAUUCACGGCGUCACCAGGAUCACCAUCCGGAAGUCCAAGAACAUCCUGUUUGUGAUCACCAAGCCGGACGUGUUCAAGAGCCCGGCGUCCGACAUCUACAUCGUGUUUGGGGAAGCCAAGAUCGAAGACCUGUCGCAGCAGGUGCACAAGGCGGCGGCGGAGAAGUUCAAGGUGCCGAUGGAGCACUCGCCGUUGAUCACCGAGGCGGCCCCUGCCCUGGCUAUCAAGGAGGAGAGUGAGGAAGAGGAGGAGGUGGAUGAGACGGGGCUGGAGGUGAGGGAUAUCGAGCUGGUGAUGGCGCAGGCCAACGUGUCGCGGCCCAAGGCCGUGCGGGCGCUCCGGCACAACAACAACGACAUCGUCAACGCCAUCAUGGAGCUGACCAUGUAGCGGCUGGCCUGGCUGUGCAAACAGCCCCCCCUGUAUAGACGGACAGUUACUCCUCUACAGUCCAGCUGGUAUCAAUACUCUCUAGACCUGCAACUAUUCCUCCUCGUCUGCAUCUCUAAUGCUGCUCAAUAAAACAGCCUCGUGUAGUCACUUGAAACGCA